AAAAAAGUCGUGGAUCGAUUCAGAUUAUGCAACAGAUUGCAGAAAAAAGAGAAGGGCGCUGUCUUUCAACAGAAUAUAUAAAUUGCAACACUAAACUUGACUGGGAAUGCGUUAAAGGUCAUCGAUGGUCAACAACUCCAGAAAUUAUUUCUCAAGGAUCAUGGUGUCAAGUUUGUUAUUAUUAUUCUAGAGUAGUACAUACAAUUGAAGAUAUGCAUCGAAUCGCACAAGAAAAAGGUGGAUAUUGCCUUUCGACAAAAUAUAUUACUUCACAUACAUACCUUGAUUGGCAAUGUAAAGAAGGACACAUAUGGAAAGCAAAACCAGCUUAUAUUCUUAAUGAUCCAGAAAAGACUAUCCGAGAUGAACUAUUUGCACUAGGUCUACUCGAUUAA